AUGUGCAAUCUCACGUUGACAACUAUUAAUGUGCUUCCAACGUUACAGCUGUCAGGAAGCGUGGAAAAAGAACAAGAACUGGCGAAGAAAGCGCUUGCCAGUGGUGAUAGAAAAAGGGCACUUCUUUUUCUAAAGAAGAAGAAGUAUCAACAGUCAUUGUUGGAUAAGGCGGAAAAUCAGCAUGCUAAUAUCGAGGAAAUGAUUGGAAAUGUGGAGUUCGCGUCAAUACAAAAAGAAGUAUUCGAAAGACUGAAGGCGGGUAAGGAGGUUCUGGAAGCCAUCAACAAGGAAAUCUCACUCGAUGAUGUAGAUAAACUGAUGGAGGAGAACGAGGAAGCAAUUGCGUACCAAGACCAAGUGGCACAAGCCUUGGGCACUCAACUAUCAAGUCAAGACGAAGAGGAUGUAUUGGCGGAAUUAGCAGCCUUGGAUGAACUAGACGCGGCUGAAGUAGCUGCUGCUGCGUCCAGCGAAACACAAACAGAAAACUUUCCUGCCGUGCCAGACCACACUCCUGCUAAGCUAUACUCGUGUUCUAUUUCGAGUGCUGUAGUUUCUGCUGAGGCCGAUGCCAGCGCGCCACAGGCACGAGUCGCAGAGGCGAAUUAA